AGGAAGAGGCCGACUGACUCGUCCAAGGCAAGGCCAUCGUCCUCGAUCAUCCUCCGAUCCACCAGCAGCAGCAUGCGCGCCCCGGCGAGGCUCCUCCUCCUCCACGCAGCCGCCACCGAGCAGCCGCCGGUGGACUCUGACUUGGUGGUCAUCCUGGCCUCCUUCCUCUGCGCGCUCGUCUGCGUCCUCGGCCUCGGUCUCGUCGUCUCCCGCUGCGCCUGCCGCGGGCGCCACGCCUCCAGCGGGGAUAAUGAGCAGCAGCCCCCUCCCAAGGGGCUCAAGAAGAAGGCCAUCGAUGCGCUGCCCAGCGUACCCUUCGGCGCGCCGCCGUGCGCCGCCUCCACCUCCGCCUCCGAGUGCGCUAUCUGCCUGGCCGAGUUCGCCGAGGGAGACUCCCUGCGCGUGCUCCCGCGCUGCGCCCACGCCUUCCACGUCGCCUGCGUCGACGCUUGGCUGCGAACGCGCGCAACCUGCCCAUCCUGCCGCGCCACCAUCGUGGUCUGGGAGCCGCCGGUCGUCGCAACGGCGGGCGCCCAGGUGCCCGGCGGUGGACGACGUCCUGCAGGUGGUGCUGCCUUGAUGAUGAUUGAUGAGUAACUAGCUAGGUAAAUAAUUCCUUGGUGGAGAGCUAGCAAACAUGCAUGUAUGCUACCUUGUCGACAAAAAUAGUGUCUGAUAGAUCGAUCCCGUUCAUUUGUACAGAGCAAGCAGUUAAGGAACUCUUGGAUAGAUGAUGUUUUUUUUUUUUGAAAGACUUGGAACAUUGUCCAGCAUGUAUUGAUAAGAAGGAGAGAGUUUACAGCGGCGCCAGUGGCGCCAAUUAUAACUUCCCUCUCAAAACAGGAUGUUUGGAGGGCCCUGUGAA